AUGUCUCUUCACGAAGAGGGGCCUCGUGACUUAGUAAACGCUUCGCAAUCUAGUGCUUCUGCCUUACCGCAUCCACAAGCGGCGGUGGGCCAUCGCGAUAAGAGCGUUGGCGUCCUGGUUGUCCAGGAAGAUGUGGAUGCGGCGGUGAACAAGGCUGUCGAUGCCCAGCUGAGAGCUAAGGCUGCCGCUGUGCGUGCUUCACGGGCCGAGAGGACAGGCGAGCGAGAUAGGACAGGCGAGCGAGAUAGGACAGUCGAACCGCCAACCGCUCGAACGGGUGAGGAAACUGGAACGCAAGGAUCUUGGUCCCACGCAGAUUGA